CCUGUACUUUUCUUAGCAUGGACGGACCACCCGGGCGUAUAUAAGAUAGCCAGGCGCCUAGCAUUUCAGAAUACUUGGCCAAGCUGGAAAGAUGGACAUACUUUAUGGUCUUGUCGGGAGAAUGGGCAUUGAUAAUGGCCCGAAUCUUCUCGGCCGGGAGCGUGGUAUACAGGUAGAGCCUGGCCAUUUUACGCUGAGCAGACCAGGACCAUGCCGAAGGGCGGCCAUUUGGAGUGGUCGGCUGGCUGUUAGGCGACGACGAUUGUGUUGGUAUCACCAACCUGGUUACCGGACGCUGGCUCAUGGUUCUCGGCCUCUUGCAGCUCUAGUCUUUGAGCGUAGGCGCGCGCGAAGAAGCUAUCAGGGCCCAGUUCAGAGUUCAACCAAGUAAAUAGACUCAGGAAUGGGCCCCCGUGCCCGCAUCGACGAUUCAGAGAAGACGGGUGUUGGGUGUCUCAUGCCAGUUGGGCUCUCGCGAUAUUUGAGCAGCGUCUAGGGAUGGCUGAGCAGGCAAAGAGGGCCGUCGAAGGGCAUCGACGGAGCUGUGCCACCACCGUCCCAUUGGAGACUUGCGCAUCUGGUCUCACGGCCGGCCACGGUGCAUCUCAUGGGCGAUGCGGUGCAGCUUUCAGCGGUCAUCUUGCUCGCUGCUCAUGUUGGUUUGCGGCGUUGCGCAGCGUCAUUGGCUCGGGCAAGACUGCGCCUCGCAUCCUCCUACAGCCGGCCGCUGGGCGGGUGUGGCUGGUUCGGUGGCGGAGCACGACAGCACGGAAAAACAUUUCACUACUGACAUCACGGCCCCCAAUUGCAUGCCUGAGCUCUGCUGGCCAGCGGCACAAACUCGAAGCUUACGGCCAUUUUCUGAGGCUGCAACAGGCAACAAACCCAAGUGUCGCACCCAACAGCAAGGCUCUCGGCAAGCGAGUGAGGCUUCAAGGCCAUCAGUCAGCGGCCACGACGGUCAUGCGGCGCCGGCUACGUUCGGCCUCCAAGGCAGCAAUGGCGCCGUGCUGCUCACAGAAGACCAGUUACUAUUGGGAGCCGGCUGUCCUACAUGCGGUGCUCUUUGUGGAACUCACUGCCGUAUGUGCACAUCUGACACAGCGGCAUAG